AAAGGGAGGAGCAUUUUUCUUUAUUUUCUUUGGGGAUAUAAGCUGCUUCAGAUUGGCUUCAAGACUGGGGGAGGAUUCCCCUGCUUGUGGGACAUGGCUUUCUGUUCUGAUCUAAGACAGUAGUUUGUUUUGAAACUGAGGGGGUAAAGAGGAGGGAGGGAGAGGGACACUUCCCUCUACAGCCUUUGCAGCCAACCCAUUUGACAGAUGGCACCGGCAGGAUGAUCUUUGACUCUCUUCCAGGAAACAUACCUCACUUCGCUCAUGAGCCCCAUCACCUCCCUCUAGCCCGUAGGCGGUAACUUGGUGGAAGCAGCAAUGAGCUGAAGCCCAGGACGGACCUCAACCACCAGAACAAGCACAAGUGAGACCAACUGUGUCUUUUUCUGCCUCAGGGAUGCCAGAAUAAGAACCAAGUGAGAACAAUAUCCAAAUCCAAACCACAGCAUCAAUAUUCAAGGGCUGACAUCUGGUGCCUUUGCCUUUAACAUAAAAAGCAAGGUACCUAUUCCAGCUUCUUGGUUAGUAGCAUAGCCAGUGUUUGUAACUUGGCCUGUCAGUCUCUGGGGAGGACCAGCAAAGGAGUUGUGUUACACUCUCUGACAGGCCUUAUGCAUGUUUCAUCUGCUGCUCUCAGAACAGAAGCCCCUUUUGUUAUCUAAUCUAGCCCUCUUCUUCCCAGCCUGAGUGAAUGAGUUUAUUGCAACAGCGCUGUUCUUCACAGACUGUCAGCCAGACGCCAAACUGAUGCAUAUUCAGGAGCUAAGGAGCACGAAGAGAACUUUGUCUGGUCUAACAUAUUUGGACCUGUUUUAUAACCGCUGAAUAGCUCUCAAAAUGGACUUAAGAAUAUAAAACACUAUGUGAGGAUUUCGAAAAAACUCGCUUGCGCUUGAGCUUUUAAGGACUAAACUAUAACUUCAAACUAAAACUUCAAGUUCUCUAGCUACAGAACUAGAGAAUCCAGGUCUCUUAAAAGAACUUUGGGACUGCUUGGAUUUUGUCAGACCUGGAGCAAUGGGUGACACUCUGAGACCUCCUUCACUCCAGGUGAGUGUCCCAAAAGAUGCACCAGCUUAUUCAGAUGGAGGGAACAAUGCAGUAUCAGAUGGUUCUGUGCGAUCCAGCUCUUCAACCCCAACUCUUCGACGCAAGCGCUUCAAGAUGCGACGCAUGAGGAAUGUGCCAAGCGAGAGGGAGAACACAAGAACACAGCUAACCAACAUUCAGCUCACAGCCAGAUCCCGAUCCAGCUCCAAGGAAUACCUCCAGUUGCCUUCCAUAGAGAUCACACCGUCCAGUGAUGAAGAUGCCCCAUCUUCCUGGUCAAGAUGUUCCACCCCCAGUGCGUCUCCACGACGCAGGCGCUUUCUAUUGAGAAGGUGGCUGAAGGUCAGAGAGAAGAAGGAGCAAGGCAGUGAAAGCAGCAGUCAGCAAAGCAGUCAGCAGAGCAGCCUGCAAAGCAGCCAUGAAGAUGACAGCACUCGCUUCUUGACACCACAGAUCCGAGAGGAGAGGUCUGACAGUGCAGCGGACAAAAUCAGCACUGCCAGUAACUCAAACAAGAGCUCGCCCACCUGCUCACCAGUCCUGCGUAAACGUUCGCGCUCUCCCACACCACAGAGCCAGGAGGGUGAGAACAUGGUGGAGAAGGGUUCAGACCACUCCUCCGACAAGUCCCCCUCCACACCUGAGCAGGUCGUCCAGAGAACAUACUCUGUGCAGUCGGCGCGAAGUGGUGGAAAGAACUCCAAGUCUCACAAGCGACUUUCCAAAAAGAGCCAAAGCUGGUACAACCAUGAAAGACAGCACAUCAUGAGAGUGCUGAGCCCGACAUACAAGCAGCGCAAUGAGGACUUCAGGAAACUCUUCAAGCAGCUCCCUGACACAGAGAGGCUCAUUGUGGACUACUCCUGUGCUCUUCAGCGGGACAUCCUCCUGCAGGGACGGCUCUACCUCUCGGAGAACUGGAUCUGUUUUUAUAGCAACAUCUUUCGCUGGGAAACUCUCCUGACAGUGCGGCUAAAGGACAUCUGUUCAAUGACGAAAGAGAAGACUGCUCGUCUCAUUCCCAAUGCCAUCCAGGUCUGCACAGACAGUGAGAAGCACUUCUUUACCUCAUUUGGAGCCAGAGACAGGACCUACAUGAUGAUGUUCAGACUCUGGCAGAAUGCCCUGCUUGAGAAGCCUCUUUGCCCGAAAGAACUUUGGCACUUUGUCCAUCAAUGCUAUGGCAACGAGCUAGGCCUGACCAGUGACGACGAGGAUUAUGUCCCUCCUGAUGACGACUUCAACACCAUGGGGUUCAGUGAGGAGAUUCCCAAUGAAGAGAACGAGAUAAACAAUGACAACUUGACAAAGAACAGUGCAGACGCCAAGCCUGAGGGGAGUCCUCCUUCACUACACAAGAAAGUUAUCCCAAAUAACUCCUUCCCAAGUCCUGGAAACCAUGACACAACCAUUACUUUUGAAAUUCCUGCAGAAGAAUUUGCAGACUGCCUACCGCACGCCGAGCUGCUGACGGUGCCCCUAGUGGUGGAGGACAAAAACGACACCAGCGGGCCUGGUGGUCCCGUCCCCUCACCUUCGCUGGACUUUAACGACAAUGAGGACAUCCCCACUGAGCUCAGUGACUCUUCAGAAACCCACGACGAGGGUGAGGUGCAGGCCUUCCAUGAAGACUUGAAUGGCAGGCAACAUAUCAAUGAGGUGUACAAGUUCAGUGUGGACAAGCUCUACGACAUCCUCUUCACAGAGUCUCAGUUUAUGAGUGACUUCAUGGAGCAGAGGCGCUUCUCAGAUAUUGUGUACCACCCAUGGAAGAAGGAGGAGGCAGGAAACCAGACCAGAGUGAUAAUGUACACCAUCUCUCUGUCUAACCCUUUGGCACCAAAAACCGCCACUGUCACAGAAACGCAGACUCUGUACAAAGCCAGUCAGGAAAGUGAGUGCUACAUCAUUGACGCCGAGGUGAUCACGCACGACGUGCCCUACCACGAUUACUUUUACACGCUCAACCGCUACAUGCUCACACGGGUGGCCAAGAACAAGUGUCGGUUACGUGUUUCAACAGAGCUGAGGUACAGAAAGCAGCCAUGGGGGCUGGUAAAAGGAUUCAUUGAGAAAAACUUUUGGAGCGGACUCGAAGAGAACUUUCGCCAACUGGAGGUGGAGCUGUCCAAGCUGGAGGAGCUCCUGAUGGAGACCCACCAGCUGUCUCCGAAGGCCAAGGUGGUGAAGAACGCUACGGUGAGGCGGAAGAAGAGGCCUCUCCCCCACAUGCGAAGCCAACACCUGGAUGAGGCCCUCAGUCCUGUUACCACGCCGACAGACGAGGAAGUGAUUCAGAGGAUCAAACAUGUGGUGGGCUCCACACAGACGAGGCACCAAAGUCCAGAACACCAUCACCUGCCAGGAGGCCUGGCUCUGUACAGCGUCUCCAAACUGCUGCUCAUUAUCAGCUUUGUUUUGGUCCUGCUGGUGUUCCUCAACAUGAUGCUCUUUUAUAAGCUUUGGAUGCUUGAGUACUCUGCCCAGUCCUUAACAACAUGGCAAAGUCUGCGGCUUCAGGAGAGUAAGCUGCCUCAGACCCAAAUGGAGUGGGCCCAACUUCUGGAGGCGCAGCAGCGUUACCACGACGCCGAGCUGCAGAAGUGGAGAGAAAUUAUAAAGUCAUCAGUAGUUCUGCUGGAUCAGAUGAAAGACUCAUUGCUGAACCUCCAGCGAGGCAUUGGUUUGAGGGACUACAGCUCCGAGACCAAGGAGAAGAAAAGUCGCUACCACUGACACACCAUCACAAGGCCAUGAGGGCGUGCCGUGCAAUAUAAGAACCUGUUUUGUUUGUCAAGACGUACGGAGGCAGCAGCAGGGCAGAGAGGGAGGCGGGACCAGCGGUGAGCGGGUCCAAAGACACAGAGGAAAGGACAGUAGUAGUUUCUGGAGCACCCAGAGAGGGGAGCGCUGGAGGUAUUCCCAACAUCUCUGUGGCAUCAUAGGAAGACGCGAGACAUUCUCGUUCUUUACAGCAGUGGGAAACGUUUCCAUUCAGCUCUUUUUAUUUUCAAGUGCAUCCUACUGUAAGCCAUGUCGACAGGAGAGUCUCCGAGAUAAAGAAGGAGCUACUGCAUGCAUGUAGACAACAGUCCUCAGUGUCAAUAUGGUCCAGUUCCAGUCGAUGUAUGUCAGAAAAAAGACCAGAAAAGGAGAGACCCAGUCAAAGGACAUGGGUGUCUUUUUGAGUCUCUUGACUGUUCCAAAAACAAAAUCGUUCCCUCAAAGUCCAUGCUGUAGCGUCCCUUUAACAAACCUCUCGGUGACCCGAGCAGAGGUUCAACAAAACAACUGGUAUUAUAGCCAGGAGAUCAGCUUUACUGAUCCCUCGCCUUGUUUGAACCUGGUCGUCACGGUUCCUGUCAGGGCUGGCUCCCUGUCAGAACAACCUGUCAAAAUGUUACAAAUCUGUGGAUUGCUGAGAACCCAGUUUGUCUUAUCAGCAUACAACACCAAUCAGAUCGUUACUAACUGCUACUUACGAUUACGUCUCCUCGUCCUGAUGAAGUGGAAUGUAUUAGUCUGUUAGGACUUGAUCAGAUUUUCAACACAACAUUUAAAUUGGGGACUCUGCAGUCAGGCCAGUAGGGAGAACUGCAUUCUUACGUGUUUUAUUACUAAGCUGUGAUGAAAUGUCUUAACAGAUGUUUCAAAUCGGAAAACAUUCUAUGAAUAUAUUUGAAAUAUAUAAGAAUAUUUCACUAUUUAAUAUAUAUUUCAAUAUAAAUAUAUAUAAAUACAUGACCUAUAUUUAUUGUUAAUUUAUGUACAUAGAGAAAUUCUCAGAGCUCGAGACAAGUUACAGUUUCUAUUGAAAAGUGUUUUCUUCUACGAAAUGCAUGCCAGAUAUGUCUGUGACAUGUCCAGUGUGCAAGUAUGAUUCUGCAUUUGCGCGAUUAUAUUCGCGCUCCUCUGUGUGUGUGUGUGCGUGUGUGAGAGAAAGUGUGCGUGCGGGUCCUUGUGUGUGCUUACACGUGUGCUAGAAAGUGUGACAUUUUUACCAUUCCACACUCGUCUGUUUCUUACUUUUUCUCCUCUUCUGGCUCCCUGCAGCCAGACUGCCUUUAUUUUAUUUUGAAUGCUAAUGUCUUUUGGAUAAUGCCUUGCAUUAUUGUCCCACCGGGGUCCAGUUUACACUAGAAGAGUUUUGUUCCAAAGCGAUGUAUCCAGAAUCUGAAAACAAAACGAACUCCUGCUAUUGCAAAAAGUGAUUGGUUGUGGAAGUUAACACAUUUUUUUGAAAUAUUUAUUAGAAGAAUGUCCCAAUUGAGUGAAGAAAUUGAUGAUUUUCCUCUCUUAAAUGGAUAUGUAAUAUUUUGGAUGAAAACCCUUCCUUUGCCCUCUGUAAACAGCUCCAUUGUCACCGCUCCGGUGGUUUGACCUCUCUUUGCUGAACAGGAAUCUUUUGACAUUUUGAGAAAAGCAUUUCAUGUUUUGAACCACUUCUAUAUAUAUCUGGAAUUGCUAAUAACUAGAAAGUAAUCUGGAAAAAAAAUCAAAAUCCUUCAAAUCCUCUUUGAGUUUAGGUUCUAACUGAUCAAAAACAACGAAUGCAUUAAUUAUGACACUUCUCAAAAUGCCAAACUAUCCCUGUAAUCCAGAUUAUUAUAAUUUCCUUCUUCUUAUUUCAAGUGUCUGUUUUGGGUGCAAUAAAAGCAUGGAAAUAAACUUUACACAACUAAACUGAACCAAAAGUAAAGAGUAAAAUUGCACCAUCACAGUUUCUCGCAUUGUUUUAAGUGGAGUGUUCAUCAUGUAUGUCAUGUGCUAUAUAUAUAUAUAUAUACAUGCAUAUAUAUAUAAAUAUCUAUAUGUAAGAAAGGAGAUGCGUUGUAGAGCAUCUUUGGAGAGAUGACCCCCGUACAGCACUUCCAAAAAUGAAGAAAGAAAAGAUUUCCUCAUUAAACAGUGAAGCACUUUAAGGCCUUUUCAGGUAGAGAAUAAAAAAAAUAUAUAAUGGUUUUGUUUAGAGAUGAAUGUAGAGGAAAUACUACACUGGUGAUUUACAACUUUCAAACUCAUUAGACGUGUUUGUUGGAAACAGAUCUUUCCUAAACACAUCCCGAAUAUGAAAAAUAUCAGAUUUCUCUCUGUUUUUAGGGUAAAGAAGGGAAGGGUGAAUUCUGGAUGCCCCCCGCUCCGUGUUUUAAUGGUGAAACUUGGAGAAAAGCUCCUUGACUGGAUUUCUGCUGUGCUUAAUGUCAUUUUAAGAAGUCACAGAGUUAUCAGAGGAAAAUCUAGAAGUUUGAAUGUGAAAUGAUGUUCCUUAGGGUUCACUUUUAAAAUCCUGACUACCACAGUUAACAGAGAAGCUGUGCUUCGUGUAAGUGAUGGUGAAGGAAUGUCAUAUUUUUCCAAAUAAAAAUAUGGCCGAGAUGCUUUAAAGGUUUGUUUUUAAAGGGUAUCUGAAGUGUUCGUUUUACACAAGCAGGUGUUUUUCAUUUAAAAUUUAAAAUAUUGUCAGAUAGGCAUGGGCCGGGUUGUUGUCCUCGUGGUUUCGUAAUGUUAAUUUGAGUAUUACAGUAUUAUGGUAUUUACAUUCAAAAAAUUAUUGUAUAACAUGAAUUUUGUUUAUCUAUAGUAAAAAAAAAAAAGCAGUCAUUAUUACUGCUGCUAAAAUGACAUAGUUUAUACUAAUACUGUUGUAAAACUGUAUUUUAAUUUUGAUAAGAUUUUUUAAGUAACUAAUACCUUUUUUUUUUCCUUUCCUGCUGCACUCUUAAUAGAGCAACAUAAGGAUAAAAAUCCGAUAUUAACUGGCUAGUUAGUGGGGCUCUCUGCUGCAGUAGGGCCUGCACUGGUUGCUUUACAGAAACAGCACUUGCAGCUCGCAGAUUGUAGCUUUUAAAACUUUCCUGUCAAAGGAACGAUGGGUGGAGCUCUUUUGAGUUUUUACUCUGUGAUUGUCUGCAACUUGAAAUAUUUCCAUGCAAAUUGACGUUUCUUGUGAGUGAGGGAAAAGUUAAGGACCCCUUCUUUCAGCCACCUAACCAGCAGUGCACAGCCACAGGUGGUGGAGGGUUCCGAGUUUUCUCCAAGCAACCGGAGAAAAUCUGUUCACUCCAGCAAUUUUUCUGGUAUUUCCUGACGUUAAACUGCAGGAACGACUUCAUGAAAAGGUUUUCAGCUGGUUGUAUGACCUUGGUAUAACUUAAUACCUGUAACCGGUCCAUGCCUAUUCUCACAGCUUAAUUUGGAUAAAACAAGUUGUCAGGAUGUAUUUCCAGCGUAUCUACAGUUAUGCAAACUUUGACUUGCACAAACAUAAGCAACAAUCAAUCCCUGUUUGCUUUCAGUCUCUCUUUUCUAGCUUGCACUCGCACAGUUAACCUGUGUUAAAUGAAUGAUUGUAUGGUUGCUCUUGCUGCUGUGUAACUCAGAUGGCCCAAGUGGGUUUGUUUUUUUUGUUUGUUUUGUUAUUAUUAUUUUUUUAUUAUUAUUAUUAUAUCACUGAUAACUAAGAGAUUGCGUGGUUCAGUGAUUGCACCCAGUUCGGCAUGGCGAGUCUGCGGUGCUGAACAUGCAGCACUGUACUAACCCAACUGGAAUCACGCGCAACCUCCUGAAAACGACCACUGAUCAAAACUCCUGGCAAACACUCUUCUGCAAAGUGUGUCUUGAGAUAACAUGUUCUGCUGUCUUUCUUUUUAAAAGCAAUUCAACUGUAUUUUUUUUAUUAUUAUUCUAGAAGAUGUUUUCAUCUCUAGACUUUUAGUGAGAUUUAUACACAAGAUGAAUAUACUUUAAGUAUAUAUUGUGUAUUUCUGCAGUGUGCACACAAAUACACUGACAAAAGAAUCCGGCCUGCGCUGCGCGUGGGUUUUGACUUGCUGACGAUUUUGCCUCAUAGACACUGAAAAGAAAAAAAAAAAGAAAAAAACAAAACAGAAGUGGCUUUCUGGUUCAUGUGAAGUAGAAACUGGAAGUAUGAAUAAAGAUUUUUAAAAACCCACAUAAAUUGUGUUGCUGUUUGUUUGUUGGUU